AUGACCUUAACAAACGAGGGUUUCCACGGGGCUCUUCCACCCCCUCCUGAGGUGGCCAAGGUCGACAUGGACAGCAGCAGAGAGAAGGCGGAGGCUCUGCUGCAAUCCUUGACAAGAACUGGAGCAGUGGUGCCGAAGAAGCGAGCGGUGGGAAGGCUGGUCAUGCACAGCAUGGCAAUGUUCGGACGGGAGUUCUGCUACGCCGUGGAGGCCGCCUUUGUCACGCCGGUGCUGCUGAGCGUAGGGCUGCCCAAGCACCUCUACAGCCUGGUGUGGCUCAUCAGCCCCGUCCUGGGCUUCAUGCUGCAGCCCGUGGCAGGUUCGGCCAGCGACCACUGCACCUGCAGCUGGGGCCGGCGGCGACCUUACAUUCUGGGUCUGGGCAUCAUAAUGCUGUUAGGCAUGGCUCUGUACCUCAAUGGGGACGUGAUGAUCUCAGCUUUCAUCGGUGAGAGAAACAAUCGGCGGACGUGGGCAAUAGUCAUUACCAUGCUGGGAGUAGUGCUUUUUGAUUUUGCGGCUGAUUUUAUUGAUGGCCCCAUCAAAGCAUAUUUAUUUGAUGUCUGCUCUCACCAGGAUAAAGAGAAGGGUCUGCAUUACCACGCCCUCUUAACAGGUUUGGGAGGAGCGCUGGGUUACCUGACAGGUGCUAUGGAUUGGGCUCAAACUGUACUAGGAUUUUCCUUGGCAUCGGAAUUCCAGGUGAUUUUCUUCUUCACAGCCUCAGUUUUCCUAAUCUGCCUUACCGUACAUCUGCGCAGUAUUCCCGAAGUCCCACUUCGAUACGAAAAUGAAGAGACAAAGUUCUUGUUGGAAGUGACUGAAUCCUAUAAAUAUUGCUCCAUAGAGGAGGAAAUCAAGAACGGUUACUUAAAAUCAACAUAUACUGAAAUAAAGGCUGCAGCUAAACCAGGGAAAUGCGCUGUUGCAUCACGUACAGAGGAUCAAAAGCGGAUGACCCUUAAAUCACUCUUGAAGACACUUUUAAGCAUGCCAUCCCACUAUCGCUAUCUGUGUGUGAGCCACCUCUUUGGAUGGAUGGCUUUCCUGUCCAACAUGCUCUUCUUCACGGAUUUUAUGGGACAGGUUGUAUACCAGGGUAGUCCUUAUGCACCUCAUAACUCCACGCUUUACCUUACCUACAAAACGGGAGUUGAGGUGGGAUGCUGGGGGCUGUGCAUCAAUGCAAUUUCUUCAUCAGCCUAUUCCUACCUGCAGAAAAUCAUUCUGCCAUACAUAGGAUUAAAGGGACUUUAUUUCACUGGAUACCUACUUUUUGGAUUGGGUACUGGAUUAAUUGGCUUGUUUCCCAAUGUCUAUUCCACUCUGGCUCUAUGUUCCCUCUUUGGUGUCAUGUCCAGCACACUGUACACAGUGCCGUUCCACCUCAUUGCGGAGUAUCACAGGGAAGAAGAGAGCCUGAAGCUGCAGGAUGGGGACCAAGCUGGAGAGCACAGGCGAGGGAAGGGCAUUGACUGUGCCGCUCUCACCUGCAUGGUCCAGCUGGCCCAGAUCAUUCUCGGCGUGGGCCUGGGGCUCUUGGUUAGUGUUGCUGGCAGCGUGGUCACCGUGAUUUCGGCAUCUACAGUGGCACUGAUCGGCUGCUGCUUUGUUGCUUUUUGUGUUCGAUACGUGGACUAG